GACGAUUGGCUAUUGACCUAAUUCAGCAAUUCCCAACCUGUUGUACAUGGAUAGGUAUGUGUACAUGUGUACGCAUCGCCGAUGGUUGCUCAAUGUACCUAUUUGUGUGUCCGUCACUCCUCUCUGCUUCUCUCUCUGUCACCAGUACAUAUGUUCUCUCUACGGAAGGGUCAAAUAUUGAGCGCAACAACACCCAUCACUUCCCCAAUCUACAUGUACAGCAUCCAUGCUGUACAUGUAUAAAGUGUAUCAAACUACUACACGGCCUACACUUACGCAUUGAUAGACCGGACCAGAGGAAGUACCAUGUACAGAGGUACAUAUGUAGACUUGUUCUCCCGCUGGCGGGACAUCCACCGUCCAUGCAAUUGUUCAACUCUUCCUUCUGCAUCUGA